CUCUUUUGCGCGCUGUGGCUGGCAGAGAGAGAGAGAGAGAGAGAGAGUGUGAGGGAGAGCCGCAACCCGCCGUCUCUCCGCGCACCUCCGCUAGCUCUCCGCUCGUCCCCGGGACACAGGCGACACGGUCUUUCAGAAAACCUCCUUCCUUCCGCCGGACCGGAGCCCACCUCUGCUCUCUCUCUCUCUGCCCGCCCCUCCCCCCCUCCCCCGGCUCCAGCAGAUUGGAUCUGAUCAGCAGAGUACUCCCAAACUUCAGCGGCAGUCAUACUGCAGUCAGACACCGAAAAUCGGCUCCCAGACCUGCUCUAUCAAUCUCCCAUGCAGGUGUGGAUCUGAGGCUUUUCAAUUUGCUUCCGUAUCCACUGGUGACCUGCUGAGCUCCAGUGGAGAAGAGGCCUGCAUCUGCACUGACCAUCGCUCACCACUAGGGGAUUCUCAGUCCUCCACGUUGUAAGCAGUAAGGAGUGCCCCCCCCUCGGCCCAGUCGUGAUGGCGGACGAACGGCAGCCCCAGGACAGCGGUCCGCAGUGGGUUCCCCCCGGAGCCCAGGGCCAGGCGCCCCCUGCUGGCCACAGCGAGAACGGCUACUCUUCCUACAGAAGCUGCCAGCCCGGAGAGGGCCCCGCCUCUGGCCCCGCCUCUGGCCCCGCCUCAGGCCCUGCCUCCGGCUCCGCCUCCUAUUCCGCCACCAAAGAGAACGGCUUCAACGGGGACAUGACUGGUGGACACGUGGUGACAGCUGUGGACGACUCGGCCAACCUGCCCCCCUCCCCUCCGCCCUCUCCAUCCGCUGAGCAGUUCGGACCCCUGGAACAAGACGUAGGGGACGAGGAGGAGGCACGCCCUCUCCAACGCUUCCAAAAUUCUCGGGAGAGGUGCAAGUUCCUCGCCCCCUCCAUCUCGGUGUCAGUGCCCGAGGAUGAGCCCUCCCGCUCUGACGAGGAGUUCUUUGAUCACCCCUUGUUCAGCCCCGAGUGGACGCGGCAUGGCUACUGCCCCACGGGGCAGGCCGCCGUCUUUAGUCAGAUCGAAGAGGAACAGUCCAUAGAGGCUCUCACAGAAGCUGAGGAGGAAGAGGAGACUGCAGACGCAGACGCUGCUCCUGAGGAGCGAGAGCAGCAGGGGAGUGGGGAGGAACCUGAGCAGGGGCCCGAGGUGGAGCCCGUAGAGCAGGCAGAGAGCUUAGGCGAGGCCCAGGCUCGGCCCUGUCCGCAGGCCGAGACGGCUAGCGCGCCCGCAGAAGCCCUCGAAGGGAGGGGCAAUGAGGCAGGGUUGGAGAAGUGUCCCGAGGAAGCCCUGAAGACGGACGAAGGGAAGCCGGACAGCAUGCAGGCUGCCGCUGCCCCCGCCGGCUCGGACUUUGCCGAGAAAGGUUCGGAGGAGCCCUCUGCCUCGGUCAGCCCAGCACCGCUCACUUCAGAAAAAGAUAAAGAAGAUCCCUGCAAAGCUGCUCCAGAGAGCCCAGGCAAUGGUCAGAAACACCCUAAGGAGGCCACGGAACCCUCCUCUAAGCAGCCUGACAAACCAUCCCAACAGCCCACUGACCAAUGGAAGGGGGAGGAGAUGGCUGACACCUCCAAAGUAAGCUCAGACGAAGAGGACAAAAUUGCCCCUAAGGUCGCAGCCGAAAAACAGGCCUUUUUGGAGGCACCUAUAGGGAGGGACAGUCGGGACAGCCAGGAUGAGGAGCAGAUGAGAACGGAUGCCGAAUCUCAGAGUAUUAGCAGAGAAAAGGAGAAGGAAGUCAAAUCUGAUGAUGAAAUGAACAAGGACAAGGAAAUGAUAAUGGUAGUUGGAGGCAAGGAAACUAAGGACACUAAGGCAGAGGAAUCGAGUGAAAGGAUGGAAAUGACCCUGAGUUCAGAUUUUAAGGAGAUGGAAGCCCGUCAGGGAACCUCUAUUGUCAAACCUGCAGAAGUGUUUGAAAAGCUGGAGGCAAAGGGUCAUUCUGUCCCGGAGGACACCAAAGGCGAAGUGGAGAUCUUUGAUCAAGGAAAAGUCAUCGGCGAAAUGGAGGAUUUAAAUUUGCACAUGGACACCGUUGACCAGUCGCAAGAUUUAGACAUUGAACAGGACAAAUCGGGAAUGUCUGCCUACUUUGAGACGUCAGCCCUGAAGGAAGAUGAUGAUAGGGGGCAGGAGGAAGGAUAUUAUCAGCUUAGCGAUGCCAGAGAGAAGAUUUCUGUACCAGUCGCAGCUCCUUCACACCCCGAAAUGGGGUACACCACACUGGCACAACCACCAUCCCCAGAAUGGGAUGCAAGGAUGAGCCCUUUGGAAGAGCACCGGUCCAUCCCAGUCACUGAAACGAAGGAUGACAGUAAGCUGUCACCUGGAAAGUUGUCACGGGAACAGAGGAGUUACUCCCUGAACAUCUCCAUUGCACCCGUGGAUCAAAGUGGUGGGCAGGGGCGGCCAAAGAUUUUUUCCCCGUUGGCCACCGAUAUUAUGUCCCAUACUAGUGGAAGUCUGGACGAGUCUGCAGAAUACCUUCCAGUGACCACCCCAUCUGUGGAAAAGAGGCUAAAUUUCCCCCCCAUGAUUCUCGAAACCGCUCCUUCAGUUGCUACUCCCCCAUCGUCACCACCAGAUGUUCCAACCAGUCCAAAGACAAGCCCUCAGUCUGAGUCGCCUGUGUUGCCUUUCCCAAUGAAGUUCAACAACAGAAAUGGUACCGUGAUGGCCCCUGACCUGCCAGAGAUGUUGGACCUAGCUGGUGUCAGACCAAGGCUGACGUCUGACAGCAGCGAUUCUGAGAUGAUGAGGAGGAAGUCUGUCCCGGCUAAUGUCCUAAUGAGUGAUUCUUUAGCUAACCUAGUGCUAGGAGAUAAAAGCCAAAAGGCGGCAAGAAGUGAGAGCCAGUUAGAAGAGCUGGGCUACUGUGUUUUUAAUGAGUACUCUGGCCCCAUGCCCUCCCCUGCUGAUGUGCACAGUCCCCUGGACUCUCCUCCCCAAAUCUUCCCCACAAUGAUGUCAGAGAAGGAUAAAGCUAUAAAGGAGCCAAUGGCAACAGAAGGGGAAAUUAAAGAAGCGCAAGACCAAAAAGAUGAUGAAGAAGAAAAAGAAGCUCAAGAAAAGACAGAAGAAGAAACUGAGAUUCCCAAAGACAAGGAGGCAGAGGAGGAUAAACUUGAAUAUGUGUCUGGAGAGAAAACUGUAUUGUUAGACGUACUUGCUGCGGAAGAUGGCAAAUCUAAACCAAUGAUCAAACCUACUGAACCACUUGAGGAAAAGCCAAAGGAUUUCAGUCUGAAGACUGGUCUGGUUAGCGAUAUCAAAGACCAAAUCAUUCCUGAGGUGGAGGAGCAAGAUCUGUCAAGAGAGGCCUCUCCUGUGCCACCAGAUAGGAUUGGGACAGAGGCUGUGGAAAAGCAGCCCGAUAGACCGGUGACACCAACUGUCACAAUCACCCUCGAUGAAACGAAGCCCGAACUAGACAGGGAUGCAAAACUAGUGACAGAGGCUGAAAUAGCUGACGCUGAAAUCAAAAUUCGUAAGUUGGAGAUGGAGAGCAGGCCUUUGAGCGUGGAGGAGGAGCGUGAGCUCCAGGAGCUGAGAGAAAAAGUGAAGGAUAAGCCGGACUUAGUACACCAGGAGGCCUAUGAAGAGGUGGAUGCUGAGGAUGUCUACCAGCUUACCGGUGUAGCAAAAGACAGAAUUGCACGACCCAUAAAACCAUCACCAACAUCAUCAGUAGAGAGUGCUACAGAGGAGGAGAAAGUGGAUAUUCAUGAACAAGAGAAGGUUCAGCAGCCUGAGAAACAGGUUUCUCUGAAAGCAGAGCCUAUGCAGGUGAAGGAAACCCCAGAGGAAAAAGCCCCAGAAUCCUCUAAAAAGCCAGAGGAACCUGCUGUAGUCACCUCUACUGUCCAGGAGGAACAGAUCGAGCAAGAGGACGAAGAUAUAGAACUGGCUGAAGAGCCUGAAGAGGUCAUGGAGGACGUCCAAGCAUUGGUAUGUCUAGGAAAGGAGGAGGAGCACGAGAUCCCUGAAGAGGAAGAGUUAGUUGAAGGUGCAAAAGCAGCUGCUCAGGAGUCAUUGGAGCCCCGAGCCAUCAUUGAAUCAGUGGUGACCGUGGAAGACGACUUCAUCACAGUGGUGCAAACCAUCGACGAGGGAGAACAACCUGGACACAGCGUCCGUUUCUCUGCCCCACCCGAAGAUGACCAGGUACAGCUUCCCCAGGAGGAGGAGGAGGAGGAGGAAGAAGAAGAGGAAUCGAUUGAAAUAGCCCAGGAAGUUGCUCUGGAGGCUCCCAGUCUGGAGGAGGUUUCAGAUGUCCCAGAAGCUCCUGAGAUGACCACCUCCCCCAUGAAGGAGGCAGCAUCAGAGGGAGAGCCACAUACAGAGACAUUUGAUGACUACAGAGACGAGACAACCAUGGACGACUCCAUCUUAGACACAGACAGCGCCUGGGCAGACACUCAAGAUGACGACAGGAGCGUUGCGACAGAGAAAAUCGAACCCCUCCCCGAAACGCAGAGUCCCGUCAGGGAGCCCCCCGAGGAAAAGCAAACGAGGGGGAAGCCGGCGGGCCGUGCGAAGGCGCGCGUCGGCACCCCCGAGCGCCGGGCCGUCCGAAGGGAGGCCAGCUCCGGCCCCCGGGACGAGAGCAGGAAGAAAAAAGCUGUGAUUAAGAAGGCCGAUCUUACUAAAAAAUCAGACUCUCAGACGCGCUCUCCCUCCCGGAAGAGCGCGUGCAGGCCCGCGGCCAGGCAGCCCAGGCCGGCCCAGCACGUCAGUGCUAAACGGAAGCACACAGUUCUAUCAGUUUCUCCAGCCAUGGCGGUGACAGAAGGCCGGCAGCCACUCAGUGUAGCCCAUAAGUCCCGGGAAAGGAUCGCAGAUGGCAGCUCGCGGAGUCCAGAGAAGAGGUCCUCCCUGCCCCGCCCGGCCUCCAUCCUGACCCGGCGAACACAGCCGGCAGACCAGGACGAGACCUCCACCUCUAUCACCAGCUCCGGAUCCACCGCACCCCGCCGCCCCACCUCGUUUCGUACGGAGGGCCGAGCGGAGCACAGGACUGGACGAGCCCCCACUAUGACAGGGAUGGACUCCUCUCGCUCGCGUUCGGCUCGCAGCGGCACCUCCACCCCCCGCACCCCCGGCUCCACCGCCGUCACCCCGGGCACCCCGCCCAGCUACUCCUGCCGCACCCCGGGCACCCCCCGCACGCCGGGCACGCCCAAGUCUCUCAGCCUGCUGCCCCAGGAGAAGAAGGUGGCCAUCAUCCGCACGCCGCCCAAGUCCCCCGCCACCACGCCCAAGCAGCUGCGCGUGCUCAACCAGCCGCUGCCCGACCUCAAGAACGUCAAGUCCAAGAUCGGCUCCAUCGAAAACAUCAAGUACCAGCCCAAGGGUGGUCAGGUUGUAAUCCCCAGUGUAAAACUGGACUUUAGCCACGUUCAGUCUAGGUGUGGCUCCAUGGACAAAACGCAUUACGCUGCAGCUGGUGGAAACGUGCAAAUUCAGACCAAGAAGAUAGAUUUGAGUCACGUGACCUCCAAGUGUGGAUCACUGGACAACAUCCAUCACCGGCCAGGCGGUGGUCGCGUACGUAUCGAGAGCAUGAAAUUAGACUUCAAAGACAAGGCCCACGCUAAAGUGGGCUCCCUGGAGAAUGCUCACCACAUGCCGGGGGGAGGAAACAUAAUGAUCGAGAGCCACAAGCUGAGUUUCCGAGACGUGGCGAAGGCACGCGUGGACCACGGAGCCGAGAUCGUCGUGACCCAGUCACCUAGGCUGUCCGGCGGCACCUCUCCCCAUCGUCAUAGCAACAUGUCCUCCUCGGGCAGUAUCAACCUGCUGGAGUCUCCACAGCUGGCUACCCUGGCUGAGGAUGUCACUGCUGCGCUGGCUAAGCAGGGCUUAUGAGCGGCCCACCCCCCCCACACACCCCCCACCUCCCCCCCCCCCAAUAUCCAGCCCUCUCCCACUAAACGCCCCCCCCCCCCAACCCCACCUCUCCAUGGCACAGCAGUGGGUGGGACACCACUGAUAUCACGGUUUUGGGGAGGGGAGGUCCUGCACCACUCAUCCAUUUAAAAAAAACAAAAAACAAAAAACAAAAAAAAAACAGAUUUCCUCUUGGGACUAUAGUGACUGUAUCUAGGAAUAAAGCUUUCAUUUUUGAAUUAAUGUUUCUGUUCACACCAAAAUGUGGUGUUUUUUUUUUUUUGUUUGUUUUGAUUUUUCUAUGGUGUAGAUAGACAGUGCUGCCCAGCACUGAUCUGGGAUCAGUUUUGGUUAUUUGCACAAUAUGGUUGCGAUUAGAAUGAAGGGUUGGGUCGGCAGGUCCUGGAUCAGUGCCUGGGGACCCUAUCUACCCACAGCAUUUUCUAUGAUAACUAGGACGAGACAUUCCUUGCAGAACAUCUCCUUGUUCUCUGUCAGUGCAUGGACAGCAGACACAAACAUGCUAGAUCAACACGCAACAUAUAUUUAAACAAUAUAUAAAGAAAUAUACACCAGGCUAUUCGUCAGAGACAUCAUUUCAGUCAGAUUUUAAGGACGACUGACACGUACCUUUAAUAUCGCAAGACCAGAUUAUGGUAUGAUGAGCAUGUUAAAAAAAAAAGAGGUCAUUUUCUAUUUAAAAAAAAAAAAAAAAACAACAACAAAAACAUUUUAGUAAGUUAUUACCUCAAUCAGAGGACGAAACUAAUACUUUGUGUUUUGUAGAUAUUAGUAAUUAUGUUACAGUUUGGCGAGUUUCAGUGGCUGCUCUGACACUGCCCACGGAGCCCCCAUUUCAGCCCUGCCUCCCUGAAACGCUAGACAGUUGGUGUUACUGCGGAUAUAUUUUAAAUGAAACCAGCGGGAGUUUUUUUCCAGCUUGAUUCGAGCUGGUUGUGCUCUCUCUCACUACUUAAAGUUACCGGUGUGACUUCCAGAGCAGCUGCAAGCACCGAAUGCCUGAACGCGCAAACUCGGUCAGGAAAGGGCGGGAAAAACUCCUGGACCGUGGUGAGCUCAGUAAUAGCGCUAUAGCUACACAAAGCAAUAGGUCAUCCUCUUUCGCUGAUGCAGACGAGCCCGAACUGCAUAAGGAGUAGAGGGACAUCAAGUGACACUAAAGUCACUGAAAUUAAAGAGUUCACUCUCCCAUGUUGGCCUUGUCAGAAGCCAUAGCUCCUGACAACUUACACAUUUACACCCAAGAUGGCUGACAGUGGACAUUUGGAGUUGAGGGCUUACAGUGAUUUCAGAAACAAUGAUACUAGAAAUCUUAUUUAAAACUAGUUGAGACUUGGGAGCAGCUUUUCUUUGGGCACUGAAAUCAUGAAAUUCUAGACUCGACUCGACUUAUUUAUUCGCAUUACACUUGUUAGGCUACGUUGGUUUUGUGUGUGCAUUUUAAGGGAUAAAAAGUCAGGAAAAAAUAUAUUUAAAAAUUGCAAAAUCGCAGAGAAAAAAAGUUAAAUCACACUGACUUAUGUUUGAUGAUGUUUCAGUGCCCUUUAUAUAUGUCCCCUUUUGUGCCAACCCUUCCAGGAAUUCCCCAGUGUCUUUGGCUUCUGUGUUUUUUCUGCACUCUCCACACGUGUAAAUGUGUAUAACAGGUCAUGUUGAUGUGCAACAGUUUUCCCCCCCUGUAGAACUAAUAACACUAAUAACAUAUGCUCUUACUCAAUAAUGACUGUAAUAAAAAAAAUCAUUAGCAUGAAGUGCUUUCUGAAGCAUCCCAAAGCAGUGAUCAAGUUUUUUUUUCCCUUUUUCUUUCUUUUUUUUUUUUUUUUGCAGAUGUGAUUGGGAUCCAAUGGCUUGAGUCAUAGUGGGUGUGAGAGUGCUUAGUUACUGUAACCAAGGGGAGGGCACAGAGCAGACGGGAGGCCUGGCCUUGGGCCUGUGCUUUGCUGAAGUCGAGCAUGUGCGCUGGGAACAUCCUACGUCAAUCGUCUUUCACAGGAUUCGCCACAUGCUGUAAAUACAAAGCCUAUUGAAGAAAAAUGCCCACAUGAGCUCUCGUAUGCUAUGGCCACAGUGCGGCGUAAAAAAACUUCUUUGAGCUGAAAAUACAUAAUGGUAUCAGACACGUUAUGCACAUUAGAUACCCCAUUUCCUUUUUUUCUCUCCAGGGGGUGUGUUGUUCUGCAUCUCCUGUGCAAUCGAAUAGCCUUAAAAAUGUAUCUGCUACUGUGCAGCUAAAAGCCUAGUAUGACACCAUCAGGGUAGAAAUAUGCUCCUCUUCUCAACUGCAUAUCAACUUGUUUUAAUUGAUGUGGGUGUUGACUUUUGAAGCUGUGUACCAAAAUACCUACGAAGUUGCAUAGUAUCUGCACUUGAUCGCAUAAGGUCACCCGAGUCUUAUACUCCCUCACAAAAUAGGUAUUGACUUCGGCUGGAAUACACCUUUUCUAAUUUAAAUGAACUGCAUCAUACCUUGAUAGACCAGAUAUUGAGGUACUACCAAAUCCUGUGUGAUUUGUAAUGUACUUUCCAAUAUGGAGUUAAGGCCGAAAAUAAUAGUCUGACAUGUAAUCCAUCCAUCCAUUAUCUAUACCCGAAUCCUGGGCUCUUUCCAAUGGCUUAGUUUAGCUCCUUUCCUUGCUUCCUUGGCUCCACCCAAAAAAGUGUCAAUUCAGGAAUAUCUGGUAUAUCAUCCUACAUUAUGGGAACAGAUCCCAUGGGCUUUCCGUGGUCUCAGUUUGAAUCUGGAAUGUGGGGUGUGUCACUGAAACUGGUAUUAAGCUGUUACAGUGAAUGUCACAUGCUUUAUGAAAACAAUAUGGACACAUGUUUGUUAUAAAGUGGAACUGAAAUGCGAUGUAGCUCACCACUCCAUAGGACACUGAAUGUGUCAAUCAAAGUCGACAUUGCCCCAUAUAAACAAGAAUAGCAAGCGGUCAAAAUGACCGUGGACAGAAUAACAGGGAGAUCAACAGUGAGUAUGUGAUUUUUUGUCGUUUUUGGAAAACGACAGCGAGCGAAAGCGAAACAGGGCUAGUCACGUCGGGUCACUUCCUGCUUGCUCUCUCGUCGUCAUGGUUACCGUCUCAACACAGCCGCUCUGGGCGUAGCUCGACUUCAGCAAAGUAGAGUCAGAGAGAGACCCCUCGAGAGUAGACGUUUGAGUUCUGGCAGCGUUCCCAGGGUGCCCCGCUGGAAUUCAGACGCAGGUCUCCUCGCCUGUCCCCGUGUCUUACGCCCGCGGUCGAAAGAGACGAGAAAUGGGUGACUAAGGACGCUUGUGUUUUGAUUCGGACACCCCGCUAGGCCCAUGAGAAGCAUCGCACCUUUUCCGUAAAACGCACUGAUCCUCCGCAAGCCCUUUAGAACGUUUU